AUGCAUCUCACUUUCUUUGUUGUCCUGACACUGCUCCCGGAGCUGCUUUUCGCCAGAGUACUCCAUUCCCGUGCUGUUCUCUGUAGCUUUGCCGCUAUAGGCGACCCUGGAGAUACAUGCGAUACCUUGUCUGACCGCUGGGGCAUUACCAUUGACAUGUUUAAGAUGUUGAAUCCCGGCGUCAACUGCCCCGAUUUGGUGGCUAAUAAGGAGUAUUGCCUCGUUGGCACUAUCUCGCCAGAUUCCCCUGGAACAACGACUACUCCGAAGACCACCACAAAGCCCACCAUGACACCAACAAAAACCACUACCACUACGCAGGCAAUGAUCACCACGAAGCCGGCUGACCCUCCCUCUCCUACCCAGCCAGGCCUUGUAAAGAACUGCGAUAAGUUCUAUCUGGUCGCGUCUGGGGAUAAUUGCUACUCCAUCCAGACCAAGUACGGUGUUAGCUCGGAUCAGUUUAAGAUGUGGAACCCUUAUAUUAAUGCCGAAUGUAGUAACCUGUGGGUGGACUACUACAUCUGUAUUCACGUUCCUGGCGCUACGAUAUCUACACCUAUACCUACGCCUACGCCCAAUGGCCCACAGCCACAGAUGCCUGGUAUCGUGAGCAACUGCAAAAAGUUCCAUCUGAUCCAGUCUGGUGAUAACUGCUAUACUGUUAAUCAGGCCGCGGGUAUUACUCUGGCCCAGUUCCGCUCUUGGAACAAGAACGUUAACGCGGAUUGCAGCAACAUAUGGCUAGGUUACUAUGUUUGUAUUGGCAUCUAA